AUGUUCGGCUCGCACAAUCAACGAGCAUAUCAAAAAAUUGAUGAUGAUUUUGACGACGAAUCACUUCGGAGCACUUGCACUUCGAGAAUUCUUGACUCAGUAGCCGCUGGCCGAAAUAUGCUUUUCGGACGAACUUCAGAAGAGCAACCGCUCAUGACAACGUCGUCAGCUUCAUAUCAGUCAUCGCCAAUGCAUGAGAAUCGAGCCGCUCAUGAGAAUUACACGCAAUUUGCUACCUAUGGACCGCCAGCAAUGGCCUCAUCAGCACAACAAGCUGACUCGCGGAGAUGGCAUCAUAUAGAGAAUCUCGAUGAAUUUUUCACCCAUAUCUUCGAAUAUCAACAAAAUGGUGGCUAUCAGUGUAUCGUUUUGAGCAAAAUUUUUAGUCUUUUUCAAUUUGUUUUCAUUGUGUCGUUUUCCACGUUUUUCACACAAUGCAUCGAUUACCCAUUUCUGUUCGCCAAUUCGAACACAACUACUCACGGAAAUGAAAAUGUUGGGAAACGCCAUUUCUCCGAUGCUGUCAUCGAGAAUUGUCCGGCGACGAUGAGCAUUUGGGUGCUGAUCGCCUUGAUAGCCGCAAUGGUCUAUUGGGUGACGCGCGUCAUCAAAACCGCCAAAUAUUUGCUGAAAAUCGCGGAGAUUCAUGAUUUUUAUAAGAAUGAGCUCAAAAUUGAAGACGAUCAACUUCUCAAUAUGACAUGGCACGAUAUUGUGAAGCGAAUAGGUGAAGUGCAACCACGCCUACGACUCAUGAUCCAUACUGAUAGCGUUUCAUCUAUUGACAUUUACCACAGAAUUCUACGCCACAAGAAUUACAUGGUGGCUCUGGUGAAUAAGAGAAUCAUCGAUCCCGUUUUUGAGGUGCCCUUGAUCGGAAAAAUAGCAUAUUUGCCGAAUAGCUUAAAAAACGAUAUGGAAAAGAUUUUCUUCCUGAGUUCUGCAGCACCUUGGGAUGGUCCAAAUCUGAAGGAUGAGUACAAAGAAAUGGAAACGUUGGAAGAUUUGGCGCGAAAAAUGAGAGAUGACUGCAAUUAUUUUGGUAUUUGGUCGUUGGUUUUGAUGCCUUUGCUGCUGCCGUUUCAGGUCAUUGAGUCGUUCUUUUUUCUCGCUGAGCUCAUAAAACGUUCGCCAAAUUCAUUAGGAUCCAGGAGAUACAGCAAUUACGGAAGGUACCGAAUGCGCCAUUUCAAUGAGCUUGACCAUGAGCUGAACGCGCGAUUGAAUCGAUCAUACAUUUAUGCAGCUGCUUACAUGGAUCAGUUUUUCUCGCCGGCGUUGAAAUUGAUAGCCCAAAACGUCACGCUUGUCGCCGCUUCGAUCGCCGUAACGCUGGCCGCACUAACUGCGUGGGAUGAAGACGUGCUUCAAGUCGAGCAUGUGAUCACUGUGAUUUCGGUGUGUGGAAUAAUUAUUGUGAUUUGCAAAGGAAUGAUCCCCGAUGAGAAUCUUGUCUGGCAGCCUGAGAUUCUCAUGAAUCACGUGGCAAGCGAGCUUCAUUAUUUGCCACCUGAGUGGAAAGGAAAAGCGCACACUGCCGAAGUUCGUAGCGAGUUUGAUCAGAUCUUUCAGAUGAAAUGGAUGUACUUUCUGAUAGAAGUCACUAGCCCUAUAUUCACACCCUUCAUUGUACUUUUUUGGUUGAAGCCACGAGCAUCGCAAAUUGUCAAUUUCUUCCACGAUCAUACUGUAUUGAUCGAUGGGGUUGGCGAUAUUUGCUCGUUCGCCGAAAUGGAUGUUGGAAAGCAUGGAGACCCGAAAUGGAAUAGCAUUCGAAAUCGAGAUGGCGACGAGCAAGACGAUGAUGGUGACGAGGAUGAUAUUGCGCCGAUCGUCACGUCGCACAAUCGCGCAAGAGAUGGCAAGACUGAAUUGUCGGUUCUUCAUUUCAAAACGACAAAUCCCGAAUGGAAGGGCUCGAAGCACACAGAAGCGUUUGUCAAGAAAUUCAAGAAUCGGCUGAUUCAAGACACAUCGGCACUUGUUAUGCUAAAUUCAAGAGACCUCGGAAGCCUUGGUCGAAUUCCAGACCGCAAUGAUCCGACGCGUCGAAAUGUGCUUCUCGAAUCGGUGCAUAAUGCGCUGCCUGGCGAUUCGCGAAAUACGAUACCCGGUCGAAGUCCGUUAAUCGGCAAUGGCUUGCAUCUUGUUGAUGGGCCAAUUGUGAAAGAUUUCACUGGAGCACAGCAGUUCCAUAGUGCUGGUGUGCUCGGCAGCAUUUAUCACGAGCAACCGAUGGCUGCCGAAUCAUUGACGAACAGCUUGAAAGCGAGUGGAAUUGAUGUUGAUGGAGCUGGAUCGGAAAUGCGAGUGAACUCGUUGUAUUUGCGAGGAUUACACGAGGAAAAUGUUAUACAGAGUCGAAUGGGACCAUCGAUUAUGAUGCCACCGAUGAACUCGCAAAGUAUUUUCGCGAUGCCGCAACGAAAUGCUCCAACCGAUGAAUCUCUUAUUGAAAUGAACGAGCCAAGCUCAUCAUCGCAACUUGGACAUGGUCUUGGAGAACUACCGGAACUUCAAAACGACGCCAGAAGUCGUUUGAUUCUUCGUCGCGAGCAAAUAUCGGAUGAGGAGCGUCUCGCCGAUGUUCCGGAGGAUAAUGAUGAGGAUUUGCCGCCAUCAUGUCUGGUGAUCGAACGUUUCCCAAAAAGGGACGCGGUAAUUUUUCGUCGAACAGUCGUCGAGGAUUCCAAAAGCGUGGCGGAUUGUCGAGGAACGUUGCGAAUGAGAGCGGUGCCGAGAAUGAAGCGACCACCAAUAAUCGAUUUCAGCGAAAGGCAAAUUUUAAUCGAAAGCAGAAAGAAAUUGAAGAAUUGGGCGGUCAACGGAAUGGAAAUCGAUUUGGUGUUGAGCCGCGAAGCUCCAAAUUUGCGAAACCCACCAGUGAAAGGAACGUGUGUGGAAUACGACCAACUCGCAAAUUCUGAUGAUAAUGAGGUUCCGGACGUUAGCGAUAUGCUCGAAGAUGAUAGUGAAGUUCCGCUGUUGAACAGCGGUGAUAAGAAAACGGUGAAACGAAAAUUUGAAAGUGCGAAGAAAUCAUUUGGGAAUGUUGACGAAAUUCCGGCAUCACAGAAAAAUGCAACAAAUGUGAACAAGAAGAAAUUUGAGCAAGAAGAGGAUGAAACUGAUGAAGAGGAGGAUGAUGAUACCAACGAAAAGGUCGAAUCUACACAGAAUCUGGAUGAUGAUGACGAUGAUAAAUCAGAAAGCGAGGAUGAUGAUGAUGAUGCUGAAAGGGACAAAUUCAGAGAAGAACUUGCCAAUAUGCCUCUUGGUAAAUUGAAAGAAAUGAAGGAAAAGCUGGGAAUAAAAUUGUUCAAUAAAACCUAUUUCGGAGUUUCGAAAGAAGAAAAAGAAAGAAAUGCGAAGAAAAAAGAGGAGCAAAAAAUGGAUGAGAAAAAGCGUGGAGCUCAUCGUCCACGAGAAAUCUCGUCAAAACGACCGGUAUCCGCGUUCCGCAAUAUUUAUAAGGACCAUGAAAUGCCGGCGAAAAAGAAGAAAUGGGAUCCCAGAUUUGAUCAGAGAGCCGGAGAAUUCAAAGAACUCUGCUUUGAGAACAACUACAAGUUUUUGGAUGAAAUUCGAUCGAAAGAAAUCGAGGAAAUUCGAAGUGAGCAUAAAAUGGCCGAGGAAGAAGGUGACGAACGAAAAGCGAGUAGACUUAAAAACACGCUUCAAAAAAUGGAGAAUCGCGAGAGAUCACGUGCUGAAAAAGCACGACAAGCUGAGACUCGUCGAGAGCUGCACGAGGAGAAUAUUCAGAGAAUGUUGCGCGGUGAAGCGCCAAUUUUUAAAACAAAAGCGCAAGUGCGUAGAAUUGAUAUGGAGAAGAAGUAUGACGAGCUCAAAAAGGAUAACAAACUCGAUAAAUAUUUGCAAAGGAAAGCUAAGAAAGAAUCGGGCAAGCUUAAAAAGGCGAAACCAUUCGAAGGCUAUGGAUAUCAGGGUUGA